CGACAGCCCGAGACGAGCAUGUCAGCCUCCCAAGCUUCGAGGGCCGUGGUGCCCCUCAUGACCAGCGAACCUCAUACCCUAAAACUAGAAGAUGCCCUGAGCAGCGAGCUGAGCGGCAAUUUCAAGAGCCUAGCCAAGAAGCUGACUAAAACGCCCUGGGAAGUCAUGGCGAAAGCCCUCUACGAGGCAAUGCAGGGAGCCGGCACAAAGGAGCGCGUUCUCAUUGAAGUUCUCGCCACCUGCUCAAAUGAUGACAUUGUUGAACUGAAAAAGGCCUACGAGAAAGUCCUGGAGGACGAGGGCAAAUCCAAAGGUAAUUAA